AUGAAUACAUCAUGUAACGCACGCGCAGAUUCGAAUGUCAUCGUAUUCUAUUUUACCUUCGGCUGUUUAUUAACUAUUCUUGGUACAAUUCUUAAUCUAUGUUCAUGUUUAUUAUUUUGUCGUGCAAAGUCACUUAUUAAUACUCCAUAUUCAGUAUUUAUUAUUGCUUUAUCCAUUGCGGAUAUCGUCAAGCUAUCAGCCGAAUAUACCGUUCAUCUGUUAUUUUUCCACAUUCAACAUCCUUAUUUCGUAUGUUCAGUGACAUGGUUUCUAACGAUGACAAGUGAAAAUUCAUCUUAUGCUUUUCUUUGCGCAUUAGGUAAGAAGGACUUAGACAAACGUUCUCAGCCAGUUAUCUAUUUAGGUAUAGAACGAAAUUUGAAAGUAUGGUCGACUGAACGUCGAGCUUUGAUGAGUCGUCGAACUGCAUGUUUAACCACAAUUUGUAUUCUUCUGCUUGUGAUUAUUUACAAUCAUCCAUUUCUUUUCUGGCCAUAUGAUGUCUCUUAUUGUUAUUUUGAUGUACAGAAGAAGAAAAUCUUAUUUUCAUGUGAUAAUGCAUUUUACAACGCGUACGGUAUUCGUUUUUCUCUGAGUAAUUUAUUAUUUAUUGAAAAUAUCGGUUUGAAUAAUUUCGUACUCCCAUUAAUUAUCAUUGCAACAAACAUUACACUGAUGAUCGGUUUACGUCGGCGUUCACAUCAACGUCGAGCUCGUUUUGGAACGUAUAAAAACGAUGACUGGAAAGAACGGAGCGUCAUACUUUACAUGUUACUUUCAAGUGUAGCAUUUCUGUUGUUGACAUCACCUAUUGGUAUUCUAGGUGCCUUGGCAACUUUUCAAGGUGAACGAAUUCCAACCAAUAAUCUCUCUAUAUUCUUAGAUCUCAUGGAGAUCGUUCAUCAUUGUUCACAUUUUCCGAUUUUGCUAAUGACAAGCUCGAUUAUUCGUGCGAAAACGUUGCAAAUUCUCUUUCAUCCACAUAUGAAACGAGACAAUUCUGUGGUAACACGAAGUUCCAUAAAACGACGAAUGACUUCCCGGUCGUCAUCAUCAACGCGUGACAUUAAUAUCUCAAAAUUUCGUUUGCCUCUAAAGAGUCUUUCAGAUAAUUCUUAG